GCAUUUUAUGGCUUUUCAAGGCUUCUUAUGAUGGACUUGUUGGUAUUCUCUCUGUCGUCUAAAGAGCCGCGUAAGUUUUCUUAUGGAAAUUUCUCUGUUUUACCGACACACACGAAGAUCUGAAGAAGAAACGCUGCCGGAGAUCAUUAUUUAGAUCUCCUAUCUCGAAGUCGCGGUCAGAGAAGGGAGAAAUUUUAGUAUUAGAAUUUCCAUGAUGAGAGUAUACCGCUCUUCGCGAGCUGUCAUUUGGCAGUUUCCUGAGCGCAAGAAAUCAAAAGUAACUUUUCUGCCUGAAGAGCGUUCUCAAAAGAUAUUUGAUUAUACCCGUAGGUGAGGCAUGUGAAUGUUCAACCAAUUCUUUGGUGAGGUUUGAAACGAUCUACUUGUCCAGCCAGUGAGGGAAAAUGGAAAAAACUUGGAGAAAUGUCUAGGUUGCCUGUCUUGAUUUUUCAAUCAUUUUAACAAUGUCUAGUGUUGAAGGAUCCAAAACCAUGAUGACAGCAUACCACUAUCUCACUACAGGAUCUUAGAUUCUGGUUGUGUGCGAUAAAAACAAUGUAACUUUUCUGCCUGACAACGAAAUUUGACGGUGACCUGAUAUCUAGUCUUUGAAAAUUAUACUGAUCUGUGGAUAGGCUUCCUCUUGAACAAGGUAUUGGCUCGAUGCUUUGUCUGUGUGACCGUGUAUCAUCUCAAGAUCUAAAUUUACCAAAUUUCGCCAAAUCUAAAGUCCACUGAAAAGAAGGUCACACGCGGAAAGACCACAAUCUAAAUUCAAUUGCACCGUGGAUCCAGCGAUCGUUGAAAAUAGGCAUGUCAAGAAUUUCCAGUAUGUCUCUGAUCUCUCUCUUGCGCAGAGUGUCCCUUAGAAAGAACUCCAGCUCCAUCUACGAAGAUCUUCUGCAAAAAAAGACGCAAACUCUUGCAAAUGACCACACGACACAACACAGCCAAGAUCAUCAACUCUUUCACGACUUUAGAGCUUUACGACUUUAGAAAGAAGCAAACUGUUCACGACUUUUACCCAAUGAUCUUCCGUAAAACAACAGGGAAAUUUAGACACAAACCUUGCAAAGGGUUUAGGUUCUUGUGAGGAGUAGAUCCCCUAGUACCAGACACCACAAACAGUAGUCAAAAUGGGUCGUCGUCCGAAUAAGUGCUACCGGUACUGCAAGAACAAGCCGUACCCGAAGUCGCGCUUUUGCCGAGGUGUGCCGGACCCGAAGAUCCGUAUCUUCGAUACCGGUUCCAAGAAGGUCGAUGCCCAUGUCUACCCUUGCGCUGUGCACAUGGUAUCAGUUUUUAUUUGUAUUUUUUUCGCAGACCUUCUUACAAGUUGAUGCUUAUCUAGUCCUUUAUUAAAUGAAGUCCAAUGUCCUUACAAAUCUACACCAUAGAGAUACUGAUUUUUACUCAUCUUAUUACUUUUCUCAUAGAAAUACUGAUUUUUACUCUCACCAUAGAAAUACUCAUCUUAUUACUUUUGUCGCAACUGGUUGAUGCUUAUCUAGUCCCUUACCGAAUGAAGUCCAAUGUCCUUACAAAUCUACACCAUAGAGAUACUGAUUUUUACUCAUCUUAUUACUUUUACCAUAGAAAUACUGAUUUUUUCUCUCACCAUAGAAAUACUCAUCUUAUUACUUUUGUCGCAACUGGUUGAUGCUUAUCUAGUCCCUUAUUGAAUUGUAAGACGGAUGUUCCAAGAAGGUCGAUGCCCAUGCCUACCCUAUCAGUUUUUAUUUUCAUUUUUUAUCGCAAAGUUCAGUGCUGCCAAGCGUGUGUUUGAAGGAUGACAACCUUAUUCGGACUAGAGUUUUCGAGCUCUAGGGCUGUGAUAUCAGAACAAUGAGUCUGACCUCACUCGGAAGAGCACCAUUCCAUCGACUCGAUCUUAGCAUGUCUAGAUAGGACGUGAUAGUCUAGGACUAGGCCGUUGUGCACUAGAAGACUUUUGUGCUGUACGCUAGUUUUAGAUGUUAGUCCGUUGUAGAUGUUACUCCAGGAGACGCCGCGGUAGGUAGCGGCUAAAGCAUAGUGCUCUCUCCAGGGAUGACACCCUUAUCCAGGCUAGAGUUUUCGAGCUCUAGGGCUUUGAUGUCACACCAAUAAGACUUUCAUGACUCUGACUCAAGAUGCACUUUCUUGCUAUCAGUGAUCACAAAGUUUCUUUUCGGUUCGAUUGUUGAGCAAUAUAGUGUGUAACUUCAGAUAGUGCGUAAAUCCGGAAGAUGUUUCUGGAAUUCUUUCUCGUAACUUGAAGUUAAAAGCAUGUUCUCACCUCUAGGUCUCUGACGAGAAGCAGCAAUUGAGUAUGGAAGCUUUGGAGGCUGCUCGUGUCGCAGUGAACAAGUACAUGGUGGUGAACUGCGGUAAGGACACCUUUCACAUCCGUGUCCGCCCUCAUCCGUUCCACGUGCUUCGUGUGAACAAGAUGCUUUCGUGUGCCGGUGCGGAUCGUCUGCAGACCGGUAUUUUUAGACUUUUUGUUCUAUUCCGACUGAGGGUGUCGUUAAAGUGAAUUGAUAGCGGGUUUUUCAUCCUACAAGUUGUAAACCGUUCAUCUUGUCUCACCAACUUUCUCUCACUCCUCAAACUUUCUCCUUCUCCAUCAUCGCCUUAUCAUGGAAGUAGCCUCUCCCCUCUCAUAAUCUUCUCUUUCACACGUCCCCCCUCUUUCACAUCCUCAGGUAUGCGUGGCGCGUUCGGUAAGACGUACGGCAAGGCUGCUCGCGUGGAUAUUGGGCAGAUUUUGAUUUCGGUGCGCUGCAAGGACGACAAGUGCCACCACGCCAUCGAGGGUCUGCGUCGUGCCAAGUUCAAAUUCCCGGGUCGCCAGAAGAUCCACGUGUCCCACAAGUUCGGCUUCACCAAGUUCCUCCGCGAGGACUACGCCAAGUUCCGCGCGCAGGGCCGCCUGAUCCCGAACGGCGUUGACGUCAAGUGGUUGUCCUCCCGUGGACCUCUCUCCCGAUUCAUCAACAAGGCCUAAGAGGAUCAUCUCUUCUUAGAUGAGAACUCUUUCUUGGAGUAGUAGUGAUCAUCUCUUCUUGUGUCAGAGUGUAGCGGUACCUUCUUUUGGAGAAAAGCAACGAGGGGGGUGAACUACUACUAGUAGUAGUAGCUUCUUCUCUUCAAACUUGUUGUUCGGGUGCUGAACGAAUGCGCUGGGGAGCAGAGCUUCUGCUCUUCAAAGUCCUUGGAGAGAAUCUUCGGAGAAAGCAGGGAUGAGACUUUUCUGUCAUGUGUACUACUGACGGUUUAGUCCUGCUCACAUUCAAUUAUGAGAUUUCCAGGACAUGCUUUGUGGAGGUUUCUCUCUGGAUGGGGUACGGACAAGCGUUGAACAGGACAUGUAGCAGAAUGUAUGGGGAUCUACAAAAAAGCGAGGACACGCCUUUUCGUGGCCGUGUGCGCAAUAUGCAGGGUGUUGGAUAUGUUUUUUCUUGUAUCGUGUUCAUUCUCCUUGCAUAACUAAGAGAACAUCAGUCAGCAGGUUUCUGUCGUAUGCGCGAUUCCGAGAGAGUGCUUGGAAUCUGUGUGUGAAAUUGAAUGUCAAGCAUUCCCGAUCCUCUUGGUGAGAGAAGGCUGCAUUUCUGUCGCAC